AUGGAAAAUCGACAGGGUCCAACCCACCCUGAAGGUCUGCCGAACUCUAAAUGCAACACCCAGAGAUGUCAUCAUCAGCUUUCAUUACUUCCAGAUGAUGAAGGCUCUCCUGUGGUACAGCAGGAAUACCCCUAUAUAAUAUCAAACCUAACAGCGAAGGAAGGAAUGGAGACCUAUAACAGAUGUCCUUUAACACAUCAGAUUUGUCUGGGGACACGCAUUUUAAAAUAUUUGUCUUCCAUGAGGGCAAAACCAAAGCCUUACAACAUGGUAAUGAUCCAUGCCAAUUCCUACACGAACUGGGGAGCACACUGGAGGAAACGGUACUCCUCCCCAG